GUAUCCAUCUCUCACGCAGUGCAGUGCACUUAGUGCAUGGAGAUAACAGCGUCCCUUCUCUACCUUCUCUCAAGCCUGUUCACAAUUUCUCUUCUUGUCGCCAUCUUCGCUUACAAGCACCACAGCCUCUGCAUAUACACGCACACACACACAGAGAGACACACUGAACAAAGCAGUUUACGCAUUAUACACACACAUAGAGAGAUUCUGACAUAAAGCGGGGGUUUACCGAGGGGUGAGAGGGAGAGAGAGGGAGUUAAGCGAUCGAGAGUGAGCUUUUGUUUCGCACCGCACCAGAACACAUGUACCCUUUUAUAAACGGGAUCCAGCAGCCGAGGCUAGACGGUCCAGCGAUGGGGGACUACGGAGGCAGUUGGCGCUACGGCGCGGCAGCAGAUGGUCGGCGGGCAGGAUCCACUCCCACGAAGCGCUCUCGUCGAGAUUACGAAGAGGGACUUCCCAGAGCAGGUUACGGUGCAGCGAGAGAUCGUGACAUUGGUUACCCUCGAGACAGAGUGUACGAGGACCAACUCGGUCGUGGCGGUUGGAGGGAUGGUGAUGGUUUGGGUGGUGGUGGAGAUCUGAUGGGUUAUGGAGGAGGAGGUUUGGGUGGCAGCGACAUGGGUCUUGGCCCUGGUAUUGGCCCGCUUGGUGGUGGAGGCGGUCUUGGGCCACUCGGUCUGGGAGGUAUUCCUGAUGAAUCUCAGUUGAUGGGAGCACGGAUGGGCCCUUUGGACGUUGGUAUGGGCGGGCGACCUGGCGCUUUAGGUUUAAACGGUGGUGCCCCGGAACCGGAUGUUCUGCGGGGGGGUCUGGAGGUGCUGCCACCUGAUGCUUCUUCAACGUUGUUCGUAGAUGGUCUUCCCCAGGACUGCUCCCGCAGAGAAGCUGCACAUAUUUUCCGCCCAUUUAUUGGAUUUAAAGAAGUUCGACUUGUUCACAAGGACGCUAAGCGGGCUGAUGGAGGGAAGGUGGUACUGUGCUUCGUAGAGUUUGCAGAUGCAAGAUGUGCAGCAACAGCCCUAGAAGCGUUGCAAGGGUACAAGUUCGACGAAACUGAUCACGAGUCAUAUGUUCUGCGACUUACCUUUGCGCGGCAUCCUGGCCCGCGAGGUCCCGCUCGGGAUGACCCUUAUAGAGGUGGGGGUGGGCGUGAUCGUGGGGAUGAUUACAGCAAUCGAUCUCGGGGUGGUGGAGGAGGUCGUCGGUAAAGGAAAUAAACGUCAAUUGUCAGUGUGUUUGACGUUCUCAUGUGAGGUGACGGGCCCGACGUGAAUUACAGGCGUACUUUUUGGGAUCGUACGCACACAAUUGACAAUUACGUUUGAUUGGCGCGACGGCCAAAGUGAUGUUUGUUCGAUAGUUUCAAGAGAUUCGAAUGGCGUAAUGGCUGGUUCACGUUUAGACAACGGACGAUGUGAGGUGCGGAAGAGGAUGAAAUUUUAUGUGCGAUUUUUGGACGGGUUCGGCCUAGAGUGUCUUGGCAUAUUUAUUUCGCGGGAGGAAGAUUCUCUCGGACGUGGCGAAUUUUGGAACGAUGAACGAUGAAGUAGGUUGAUCACAGGCUUUUCACUGGGCACUUAUCAAUGCGUCGUGUCCAGCUGUGAAUUGUGCGCUGAUUGGACCAGCAUAUUUGUUUCAUUAUCAUGUUCGGGAGUAGGCUUGACUCGGGGAGGUAUGGGAUAGCCUUGCAAUAGUAUGGAUCAGUUUUUGGCAGUUAGGAAGGCAAUACAAGUGGAUCUGAUCUUUCUCAGACUUAGUUUGUUAGGUUGGUCGGUUCGUUAGGUGCUAUACUCACGAUCUUCCAUGUAAACUUGCAAUUGAGGAACUCCUCCUGAAAUCUUUCUAGUGGCUAAAAAACUUCUCCCACUCGAUGCAGUCUUAUAAACGUCUGUAUUGCGACUUUAGGCAACUCUGGUUACUUUUCUAGAGCUCUUGUGGAUCCAUCUAUGAAUCAUUCAUAUCGGAGUUUCCUCGGAUGGUGUGUUUGUGGAAGACUGCUAUAGUGGUAUUCCAGGAUCAAGAUUCCUCCAGCCUCUCCUUUCAAAUUCUUACAGGGUAAUCCUUUUACUGUGCUGAUUAGUCCCACUGAGGAUUCGAGAUGAGGUAAUUCAUGGUAGUUAAACGUUUUAAGCGGCUGCGACUCGUACUUGCCUUGGUUCAUCGUCAUUCAGUAGCUCGGUUGCUCAGUCGUUCCAUGGUGUGUUCAAUGGUGGUGACUCGUUCACGUUUUAUACUGGUGCAACUAAAGUAAAAUAAUCGGUCAACCAGUUUUCAAAUGGAUUGCUGGUAUGCUGAGCUACCUCCUUACCAUUUAAGUGUUACAUGGAUGAAAGUUGCUACCUAUAUUUCCCUCAUCUAACGCUACAAUUUCUUACUAACUACACCACAAUUGUUUCAUCCGCUGAAUGUGCUUGCUGUCCAUCGUUAGUAGUGAUCUUUACUUUUGAUGUGUUGAUUCGUUCAGAAACUCCUAUUAGCGAUUUUGUUUAAUGGUCUUGUUAUUUAGGCAGUUAGAAUAGUUCAGUGUCUAUUGGGUUUGGCACAUUGUGCCAGUAGAUAUUAAAGGGUAGGCUGCAUGAAAGUCUGGAUUGGCAGAUGAUAUGCAGAACUCUCAAUAUUAUAUAUUAGAUUAGUGCUUCUUCAUAGUAGUUCCAGAUCUUGUACAGUGUCUGAAACUCUUGUCUAUGUACAAUGUCCUUCCUCCAGGUCUUACUUUUGUGCUUUUAAUAAAGAUUGUGCAGUUCCACUUUGUCCGCA